AACCACAGGAAACCCGAUAAGAACGCCUGAGACUAGGCUGGCGAGAGGCUAAUGUUACAAAUAAGUAGCACCUGCUUUUAGUCACACGAUUACAGUAACCAGGUCAAGCGUGACACCCUAGAGCCGAUUAUUGAGUUCAUUAUUUGAAAUUUUAUUUGAUUGUUUACCGAGAAGUUUCCAUUCUUGAUACGCAUUCUGGUUACCCAUUGUGAUAGAGGGAAUUCUUUAUACUACAAAUUUAGUGCCGAUGGUCCUUCCGUUAUGGCGAAGGCUAAUCUUCGAAGUAUAAUUCAAUUUACUCCGGGAUGAUUUUUUUUUACAUUUGGCAAUUCAUUAUUAGUGGUCAGGAGAACAUGUUCUGUGGUGUGUCUACGAACUAUACACACCUGCUUACCAUGUUCAAUGUGGUGGUGGUUUGUCCGUCAGAGAGCCUAGGCAAGGUUGCCACGAAGAUCGAAACAGAAGGUGCUGGGGUUAUACAGCAUGGUUUUAUAAUCAAUGAAACAAAGGACAUCAAGAGGACUCCACAUGACCAACGCAGAGGAAUGCUUCGCUAUUGGGCAUUGGUCUGCAACCAGGACUUGUACCAACAGGCAUGUCCAAAAGAAAGUGAAAAACGUAAUCAGUGUCGAGGAGGAGUGCGAAGAGGAGGCCAGCCUGAAAGUGUAUAUAACUGGCUUGUGGACGGGUUUUCAGCGCCACAAGAUGUUGUUCUCGACAUAGGCAGUAAGAAUGGUAUGUGGUAUUGAGUUUUAACUUUUUAAGGUUUUAAAAAACCUUAGGCAACAGUAGCGGAUCCAUGGGGAAGUGAGAAUUGCUAACUAUAUUUGUGGGGAUCGCGAUUUUUUUAGUUAGGAUUUUGGGAGGGCCACGAUUUUUAAUACAUGGCUUAGGCGAGGGCUUUAAUUUUUGAAUUGGUUUUCUAAUUAAUUUCCGGGCCUUCUGACAGUCUCCAGACCCCCUACAAAAACAAAUGACGGAAAAACCAAGCACAUUGCGCACUUCGAAAUGAUACUAAAGAAGAUACAAUUUCUUAUAAUCGUCAUUGUUUGCUUGCAUUCAGGACUUUCUUUUUUUUUUUUAAACCACUAAUACCCUGAGGCAAAAAUUAAUGUCUCUACAUUCUGGCCUUUAUAGUGAUUUUUCUUUUUCCCCGCCAUAUAGAGGCAUUAGGCUUCUAGCUUCUUAUCUGAAUAUACAAAGAUGGAGGAGGAGGCAGUUUUUUUUUUUUUUUUUGGAAAACCGUAAUGACGCCAAAAAGGGUAAUGCUCAAAAGCUGUUAAAGUUGUUAUAGAAAAAUAAUAUUGUGUAUGUUUGUUUCAGCUUUGUUAUGUUCGGACACUUGUUAGUAAUUUUGUCCUGGAUACCUUAUGUCAAAUGACUAUUAUUUUUCAAACAUUUUUUCAACUUAUAUUUUUGUUAUUUUUUAAACUGAAUUGUUUAAUUAAAUGAUUUGUCAAAUUCAUAAUAACGUCUUUUCCUUGGUGUUUCUAAAUUACUCUAAUUUUUCCAGUAUUAACCCCUGAACUAGGUAGAGUUUAAACAGCCAUUUCGUAAAAACAGGGGGGAGGGGGUUGAAAUCAUCCCUUUAGUUACCCAAUUAGUAGGGGGAAAUAACAAAAUAGGGAGUAAAAAUUGACUCCCAUUUUGAGGGUGAAUUGUACUCUUUUAAUGGAGUAACUACAAGCAACGUAGUAAAUUACUCCACUUAGCUACCCCCUAAAGUGGGUAAAAUUUACUCCCCUGAGAGAGUAGGAAAAAAAGGAGUAAAAAAUAACACCAUUUUGAGGGUAAAUUGUUCUCCUUUAAUGGAGUAAUAGCAAGCAACCUAGUAAAUCACUCCCUUUAGUUACUCCCCUACAGGGGUAAAAUCUACUCCCUUGAGAGAGUAGAAAAAAGGGAGUAAAAAAUUACUCCAAAAAGGGAGUCAUUUUGUACCUCGGUUUUUUACUCCCUUUUUGGAGUUGUCUCUUAUAAAUACUCCCUGAGAAUAAGGGGCCUUCCUCCACUAUCACUUGUAUGUAGCCUGGUUGGCUAUAAAAAAAGGUUCUACUUUGUUGACGCCAGUCUUCCUAUCUCAGCUACUAAAAAGACGCGUUAUCGCAAAUGGCAAAUGCCAAAAUGAUUAUUUCAUCGGAAAAUACCUAAGUUGUGGUCAUAAUUCUUCUUUUCGCAGGAAAAAUGACUAUAUCAUUGAUUAAUCCUAGUUAUCAGCCUGUUUUUGUGUUUAAUUAACGAUUCAAACGUUGCUUCUUUCAUGUCGUAUCCCUGGCUGACUAUUAGUGUUGAAAUAAACUCGUUUUAUACAGUACGGAAAACUAUUUUACAAGUUCUUCUGGAUUAUAGUUAACAGUCAGGUUGUUUUUCCUAAGUAUGUGCUGUUUUUCUUUUGGGUGGGGCUAGCAUCAUGUUUGUGAUGCUUUUGGCGUUUUGUUGCCCUCACCUUUACUGGGCUAAGAUAAUUGAAAAAUAUUGUAAAUAUAAAGUGAAA